GCCUCCGGUUUUAACAUAAGGAAACCUCCAUGUUCAAAAAGCUAUUCUUAAUUCUUAAAUAUAGACCUCCGUGAAGUGAUUUCAUGUGCCAUUUAUGUUGGUUUAUAUGGAGUAUACGGAUUAUUAUUCUUUUAUAUCUGCAUGCGGUAAAAGAUGACGUCAGUUUCGAGUAGGAAAGCCUAAUGAUCAUAAUCACAUCGGUGUGCGAAAUCUCCCAAUCUUUCUACUAUUCAUCGAGGUCGUACCAGGGAUGUUAAACGAAGUAAUGGUUCGUGUUCGGUCGCAUCGAAUUGUUGCUUGGGCAGUCGGCGUGGUCGUUGUCCUCGUCAUAUUGAUGUGGUCGAGAGGUGAUAAUGAUACCACCAAGGUAUUCCAGCCUGGGAAAGAUAAGCUCGAUGUCGUCAAGGGAAGGCAUGAUGUAACAAAACCCAGUCCUUUGUCACUUCAAAACAAAGAAGAUUUCAUCCGCCUCAUGAACACAACCAUGCGGUUUUGUCGGAUCGAACCGACAUCGGAAGUGAAACAAAGGCUUCCUCUGAUAAAACCGUUCGACUGGACUCUCGAGUCGGAUAUCACCAGUCGGGUAAACUCAACGUUUGAAGUCAUCGAUAAAAAGAAAUUCUACCACGUUUGUGAUCGUAUUCAGGUCAAGAUAACCGCAAGGAACGGCCGGAACGAACAAAAGAAAUAUGGCGGGGAUUACUUCCGCGCACGGAUUAUUACCAACGAUCACAAAGGAAAUACGAAGUCGUCGAUGUCCGAUGGCGAGAUCGACGACCACGGUGAUGGAACGUACACGGCAACGUUCAGUUUAAAGUGGCCAGGAGAGAUGGUGAUACGAAUCUAUCUGGUGCACCCAAGCGAAGCAGUGUCAGUUCUCCAAAAGCAAAGCCAGUCUCAGCGAGCGAGGUAUUCCUACAAAGGAAUAUUCUGCUCUGAUAAAGGGGUGGUCCAAGAAGAGAGGGAAUGUAAUGUCUUUUUGUCUCAAGCGACCAAACAUAUAUGCAAAUUCACUGACCGUCGGACGCGACUCUCUUGGUACUGUCACCAUCCCACCAUAGAGGGCCUGGACUGCUCGCAUUGGUGUCGAUACAGGAGCGACUCUCGCUCAGCGAAUGUACAUAUGAUGACGUCAUUUACAGAAAGGGAGAAAAAAGUAUUACAGAUGUAUUCGGCGAAUACGUUGAAUCAACUACAUUCAGUGGACUAUACAAUCCAAGUGAAACCCGAUCGACAGCACAGGAGGCAAUUCUUACCUCCGUGCAAACCUGGUGUCCAUGGCAACAGCUCGGCCUUCUCGGGAUAUUACGCACACGAUGACUGGAGAUCGCCAUACUGCCAUAUAAUGCGUUUUUCCUCGUCUCGCGGCGCCACUGUCGAAUGUUUGCGCGAGAAAACCAUCUUCUUCAUGGGGGAUACGACUGUGAAACAUCUUUUCAAUUACUUCCUGGAUCGUCUGGAAGGAAACUUCGAGAUCUUCAACGACCGGAAGUUAUUCUUCACGGGGAAGAAUUCUCCGAUUCUAGCCGUGGACAAGAAACAUCAGACCAACCUCAUAUUCCGUACGCACGGGUACCCCAUCGCGGACGAUUCCAUAUACGACACCCAGAAUAUCCAGUAUCUUGCGAACACCAUCGACGACAUGCAAGCCGGAGACGACAGCGCCGUCAUCAUAUCGAUGUGGAGAUAUUUCACUCCGCACAACGCUUCGUUUUACGAAGAACGUAUCAAAACCGUAGUGGAAGCGGUAAAGAGAUUGCACGAGCGUAGCCCGAGAACGCUUGUGGUCUUUAACAGUCCUAAUACAGGAAACAUGGACACUUUGGAGAGUAUUGUGUACAGUAGUGACUGGUACGUUAGGUACCUUAAUGAGAUCUUAAGACGUGUGCUGUCUGGGUACGAUCGCGUUGGGUUCCUAGAUUCGUGGGACAUGACGAACGCACAGCUCUUUCCACACCGGACCCAUCCGGUCGGGAUGCAUUCGCAGAAUCUGGCGGAUCAUCUUUUGUCAUAUAUAUGUCCAUCUAGCAAGUGAGGAAAAGGCUCCGAGUUAGGGUGAUGACCGAGUUUCACAUUUUCGAAUUUUAUUCCUGACCAUCAUCCGGAACUGAUAGACAAACUGAAAUAUGUCGGAAAUGGUAUACAUUGGCUGAAUACCAAAGACAGAUAUUUUUUGUUUGAUAUAAUCUAGUAUUCCAAUACCAUCAUUCAUCAAAUGCUGCUAUAUUGCACCAACUCUGUCUAAUGUCUUCGGCCUCAUUUAUACUUCACUGGAAACACCCGGCCCUUUCUACACUUCAUUAAACAUUGCCAUAACCAGUACUCUGACAUAUGAUAAUUUGUAACCAUUGUAUUUUUUGUUUGUCAUGUAUGAUUAUGAUUCUGCUAGGAUCGAAAGCUCAGGCCACUUUUUGACUUUCUAACAUCUAAAAGAAGUUAUUGAUCGAACUUGAAAAUAUAACAUAAAAUUUCAAUUCGUUGUAUAAAAACAUCUUUACACUAAGAAAAAUACAGUGCUGUUAUGUUAUCAUUUAUAAAUACUACAUUUUGCGUAUCUAUCUCUCUGUAUUCAUCUUUCUAUCGACAACCCUCACAAUUAUUACCGUUCUGUUGAACAUUACAUCUGUGUGAAAAGUAAUAAAUUUGUAUCAUUUGAAAGUAAAUUGAUAAAUUUGUUGUAUUAUUUAUGUUAUGUAUAUACUAGUAGUACUUUAUGUUAUGUUUUAUUAUAUGGUCGAGAGAAAUUUCGAAAUAAAUAUGAUGAUAUAGAAAAAAAGUCUCACAAUCUCUCAUAUCUGCCAUUCUUAUUCUAAUCCCUUGCAUCUUUCAAUUGAUUUAUCUUGACAUUCUCUCGUACUUCAUCUGUCACUUUCGCUUCCUCUUUGUAACAAAGCUCUGCUCUUUUAUUUGGCAGAACAACCAACAACCAGCUUUCGCUCUCCCUCCAUCUCUCUCUCCCGCUCCCUCUCCUUUUCUCAAACCCAUUUUCCCUCUCUUUUUCUCCUCUCUUCAACAAUUGGUUCCCUCCUCUGUCUCUAGCUAUUUUUUUCUCUUCAAUCAGCAUUCAUUUGCGAACAUCCCCUUUCUCCCCUUUUCAACCAUUCGUUUCCUAUUUUCUGUCUCUGGCAUUUUUUUCUCUUCCCUGUGCAUUAUAUAAGAACCCCCCCUUCUCUCUUCAAUAAUUGGUUUCCUCGUCUGUCUCUGGCUUUUCUCUCUCUCUUCCCUCCGACUUCAUUCGCGAACAUCCGCCCUUUUCCCCCUUCUCUCUCGGUUUCUCUCUCAAACUUAUUCUCCCUCAACCACCGAUUCCCUCUUGUCUCUCCCCGACUAUUUUUCUCUUCUCUCUACAUUCAUUUGUGUAUACCCCCUCCCAUCUCUCUCUUUCUCCUCUGUCUCUCUUUCACUCUUCUUCUAUGCUUAAUCAAAUCACAUUCAAUCUUUCUACAUCACCUUCCCAUUCUCUCCCCCCUCUCUCUUUCUAUCUCUCUUUUCCCUUCUCUUCUAAGCCUUAAUCACAUUCAUUCUAGCUUCCACACAUUUUUUUCUUUUCAAUAUCCUUUUUGCAUUUUUAUUUCAAGAAUUAUUUUUGUAAACAAAGCACAAUUAACUGAAGUUGAAAAACGAUGGCUAUUCUAUGCUUUUCUAGGUAACCUCAUGUUAAAUAGUCAUCUUCAGGUCAAAUCGUCAAAAGACACAAAACAAUUCUUUCUACAAAACUUUAUUUACAUUCUAUUUACAUUGUACACUAUACACAGUUACAGACUUCUCUGUAAAAGGAAUGAAAUCAAUACACUGGAGAAUAUAUAGAAUGAUAAUGGGUGAUUUCAAGUUCAGUGUUGACCUCUUGGUGUUGGUGUUUGGUCAAUUUUUACAUUGUGAGAAUAACACCAAACAUAAAAUGAAGAUGGUCCUGAAAAGUCACUCACUAGGUGUUGAGCUGUCAAUAUUGUGAUCUGGAUUGUUUUAACUCAGAAUAGGAUUUGGAGCUAGGAAACGCAAUCCAAAAUGCGCCUCCAACACCAACACCGAACUUGAAAUCACCCAAUGUGAUGUCAUAGUUGUUAAUCCCAAUGGGGACUGGUGCUAAAGAGUUUCAAUUAUUCAGUGUCUAAGAUUACAAAGAUUGGUAAUUGAUACAUUAUUCAUCUGUCACAGUAAUGAUUUAUAUGAUGUUGCAUGCAUCAAAUACAUGGCCAAAACACUUUACAUUAUAUGUUUUCCAUCAAGACAAGAAAAUAAUAAACAAACUAAUUAAAGAAAAGUCACUCUAAUGAUUGAUAUGAUGCUGUACCCAUCACAUAUGUGGCUAAAACACUUAUAUGUUUUCCAUCAAGGAAAGAAAAUACUACAAAAUAUAUUCAAAGAAAAGUUGAAGAAGGCUCUCAUAAAUUUCGCUCAAACUAGAAUGAAGAAAUUUAAUGAGCCUUCUUCGAUUAUAGUGUGGUCCCCUACCACUGAGGCAUGUACCAAUUUGAGCUACUUGCCAUUUAUUAAUAACCCUCAUCUCAUCUAUAUUAUAUUAUUUUGAAAAUUGAAAAUGAAAUAAAUGUGAAUUGAAUACCACAAUUUUUCUACUUUGUCUUUCUUACCCAACUGAAUUCAAUGCUCUUUGUG